AAACCUCCUCCAUUGUGUAACGGUCCUCUCCUCUCUAUUUGAAAGCUCAGAACCAACCAACAAACAAACUUCCCCGAAAUCCCUCCAUUUUUCUUCCCUCGUCUUUUCCGAUUUCAAAUUCUCGAUCUCACUCGAACCCUAGCUGCUUCAGAGCCCUAGGAUGCGAAGGAUUGGCGGUCCCCGAGAGAGGAGUAAGAUCGGUAACUUAUGGCGUUUCAACCGCUUCAUUGAUAACCGGUGCUUGGCUCCGCUUACGCUCGACGGAGACGGUGAUGUUGACGCUCUCAGACGGCGGCCUUAUCGGUUGCUUCCUCGGCUGGAGCUCAUUGAUCUCUUUGUCCUCAAGCUCGACGGCUCUGUAUUUGGUGUUCGUGUAGCGCGCAAUGGUACAGUAGCAGAUCUCAAACAAGCGAUAGAGGAAGUUUUUGAUUCACCCGGGGCGAGCGAACACUGCAAGAUUACAUGGUCACUUGUCUGGGGACAUUUCUGCUUAUGUUAUGAAGGCGAAAAGCUUAUUGAUGACAAGGCAUACAUUAGAGUUGUAGGCAUCAAAGAUGGUGAUCAGCUUCAGUUUGUUAGGCAUAUGUCUAUCAACUGUCUACCAAUGAAGAGAGAUAGGAAGAACCAAGCCGUUCCUUGCAAAACAGUGUUGUUUCUGCCAGCAGAACCAAAAUCUAUUGAAGGGAAUCAAGUAGCUGGUCAAGGCGAUCCCGUGAAUUAUGAAGUUCACGAGGACGGUUCCAACCAGGAGGAGAUUCCUAUGGCUGGAUUUCAGCUAGCAAAUAUCUUUAGAGGACGGCUAUUAUAUUCCAAGAUAUGGGGGUUUUUUAGAAGUGCAUCAGAAGGCAGGAAUAGGCCUUCUGCCGGUUUCUGCAUUACUUGACUUAGCAAAUGGACAUGGAAUAACACAAGCUGCAAGGUUAGCCUAGCCAUUUGAAGUUAUGAAACAAUUUGUGUGCUAUUCUCUGUCUUUUGUUUGCCAUUAACUAAGUGGCCACCGGAACUAGGAUGUGCAGAGAUUGAAACUUUAGCAUUUGAUUUAUGAACAUGACAAGUUAGAUUCUAGAAUAAAGAAGUGAGAGAGAAAAGAUUGACUCUGACAUGUAUAUAUCAGACUGGAUUUGUUGUUGGAUGUUUCUGUAUAAAGUUCUUUUACUUCCCUUCCAA